AUGCAGCAGCUCGCACUCAGUGAUGCCUUCCCCAGCCCGCACCAGUGGAGGCCAGCGCAACAGCAGCAUCAAUCAACGAGAUUUAGAGAGAAAAAAUCAACCUGCAGAAAAGGAGCACACGAACCUUUGGCACGGAGCCGCGGCGACCGAAUCCAGAUGCAGGAGGUCGACCUCCGGGUUGACUGCGCCGCCGGGUGCGGCAUCGCCGAGAUCAUUCCGCGCCGAGGUUGCCCUGCAGCGCGAGACGGGGAAGAGCGGGGCGGCGGCAGCACGGCCACGGCGCCGACACGGGGUCAGUCGGGACAGGGCAACAAGUCGGUUCUGCUCCAGAUGCGGGAGGUCGACCUCCGCGUCGACUGCGCCGCCGGGUGCACCACCGCCGAGGUCUCCAUGCCACGGCGCCGGCGUGGGAUGAUCCGGGGCAGGGCAGGGCGGGCGCUAGGACGAGGGCUACGGGAUUUGGAGCGGAGGACUGAUUGUGGAGCCAGACAUGGGGGAGCAAGGGAGGGAGACCGGGGAAACCACGUGCACCCCCAACGGCGAGAUUAG